GCCGGGCCCGGCCCUGCGUAGCUCCGUUAUGGCGGCUGAGAGCGGGCGGCAGUUCUGGAAGCGGAGCGCCAAGCUGCCGGGCAGGGGACGUGGUGCUGAUGGUUGCACUUGGUGAUCUUGGAGGUCUUUUCCAACCGUAAUGAUUCUGUGACAUCCGUUGGACUGGAGAGGCAGCCUAAGUUUGUGGCAACUAAAGAGAAAGCACUUGAGUACUGUGCAUCCCUCCUCUCUCUCCUGUGGGAGGAUGGUGCUGUGCGGUCCCCAGGUUGCUCUGCGUCCCUGCGAUCCCAUCCCUGGAUGUUGUGCUGGGCUCUGGUGCCAGCACCUCUCUUGCACAGAUGAUGACUUUAGAGCCAGCUUGGAAAGCUCAAACCAGGUGAACCGGUCUGGGAGGCAGUUCCUGCACAGACAAUGCGCUCCACAUCAAGGCUUGUCAGAGCUCUCCCCUCCUAACAGACAAUGGAAAAUACCCUGUCCUGUGUUGUGGAGGAAGCUCGUUACCAGUUCCGUAUGCUCUGUGUGCCAGUCCUUUCCAGAAAUUCUUACUAAUAAAUUGUUUCAUGUCUCCGGGGCUGCCUUGCAUCUUUUGCACUGGGAGUUCUCAACCUUGGGAUUCUUUUGGGGUGUGCUGGCAGGUUGGUCUGGUGUGUUGUCCUGUGUGAUGCAUUGUUUAUUUCCUGCCAUAUAGAGUUGAGUAGUAAGGCAUCAGUGUGUGUGUUGUUUAAAUGCUCUUUUAAAAAAGGGAGAAGCUGAGAGAGUCUGCUGGGAAUAAAACAUCUUCAGUCUCUGCAGUUGCCCUAACAUGCUGAAGAUGUGCUGCAGUGCCCAUAACCUGAGCCCUGCCACGAUCUGCCCGUAAGAGGUGUAACGCAGGUUCCACAGCAGAGCUCAGGCACAGAUUGCAUCAGGCACUGGGUAGGGAGGUGAUGGGAAGUACCUUGUCCCACCGAGCUCUAAAGUAGGACAGGGGACUUGUGCUGUCAGUCUGGGAGCACAGCAUCAGCACAGGUCUCAACUCCUGACUCGGUGGUAUUUGCUAACACAUGGUGCUUGCCGUGAGCUUUCCAUGUGUGCAAAAGUCAGAGUUAAGCUUGGAGACAGCCAGUUCAUCUAAAUGAUGCACUAGGGAGAGCCAGGCGAGUGAAUAAAUGAAGUAUUUACUGGUUGCCAUUUGCUGCCCUGCCUCUGUUUUCUGAGCUGUAGCAGUGGGAUCUGCUGAUGCAGCUUUGUGAGGCACUUUAAGAUGCGCUGAGAGUCAGUGAUGGGCUGAGCUGGAGGAGCAGGAUCAGGCACUGAGUCUGCUCAGGUUCUGUGGUGCAAAGUUGCCAUCUGGCAGCUGUGAAGGUGUGUGCAUGUCUCAGGUCACCUGUUGCAUGUCUCGGAGUAUUUGCUCUGCUUCCUUUCCAGCUUGCUUUUUAUGUACAUGUAUAUAUUUAUAUACAAACGUAUGUGGGAUGGUGGUACUCAGCUGUACCUGUCACCUUCAGCUGCCUGUGUGGGAGCUCCAGCAGAUGUGCUGUGCAAUGGAUCAGCCUGGGAUGCUUCACCUGUGGGAGCCUGGGCUCUUCACAGAAGAUCUGCCUGGGAUGGAACACUGCUGUUGUGUCAGCCGUUAGCUGCAGCAGCAUCCGAUUGCUUCAGAGCAUCAGGAAGGGAUUUCUUCAUGCACUGCUGGCUCCCGCAUCCCCUAUUCUGACUGUUCAUUUUGCUGAUGAGCAUCACACAGACCCACGUGUGGUUUUCGUCCCUUCAUGUGGGAGUCAGGUCAUGUACCUGUUGGUAGCAUGUGGAUGUUCCUGGGCAAUGCUGGUCCCCUCACAGGGAAGAGCAGUGCUGUGACUGUUGUUAGAAGGUGUUGUGAGCUUGGAAAGACUCUGCAGGCUCCUCUCCUGUGGGGAGCUGCCAUGAGUCAUUUGGAAACAGCUUUUUUUAACCCCAAUAAUCUUUUUGCUCUGCCCACCCGUGAGUUUGCCUCUGUUUAAUAGCUGUCCUGACUGCUCAAUGCUAAUUACUCAGAAGACUCUUUGCUAGCCCUGACUGGAGGUGUGCCAACACAGGGAGCCUUUCAGCACUUCCAGCAGCCGCCCUUUGCAGCUAGAGCCCACCCCUCUUUGGCCUCUCUGUGUUGUGGCUGUUCCCAGCCUCUGCCCUGGGUCUCCAUGCCUCUCCCUUCCAGAUGGACCUGUUGCUGUCACUUCCCUGGCACCCACUUGUCCUUUGCUGGCUCUCCAACUGCACCAGGCUGUGAUCUUCCCCCUGCCACAGCCAGACUCCAUCUGAGGCUCCCGGAAAGCCCCAGUGACCUGAGGGAAGCCUGUCCUUUGUGUGCCAGCUCUGAAUCUGCCCUUGUCUCUGCCGUGGGAUGUGGGGCUGUGCUGUGUAGUGGGGCUGCAGAGGGCUGGUUGUGUCCAGAGCUCCAAGUGUGACUUUUGGGGUGGCACGGCUGUGAAUAGUUUCCCAAACUGAAGUAAUAACUGAGGAUCUCUGUCUCACUUCCCCAGCCUGCAAAACUAGCGAUGAGUGGUGUCUGUUAGCUCCUUUUUGAGGCAGUGCUCCCCUGCAGUGCCAACAGCCCCCGGGCUCUCUGUGCCCUGGAGCACUUGCCCAGCUCCACAGGGGCUGAGCCAUGACUUGUUCCAGACCACAUAGGAAGUGGUUGGUUAAGCUGGGAUUUGGACCUGCAUCAAACCUUGUACUGGAGGCAGCUUUGUUGUAACGUUGGCUGCAAGCCUGAGUGCCAGUGUGGGGCAAACCCUCAGUGCUGAGGAGUCCCAGUGUUGCUGGAUAGAGUCCUUCCCUAUUGUGGAGGGCUCAGAGGUGUGGAUUCUCUAACCCAGACAACUUUUGGAUGAAAAAGAGAAUGAAUGUCAGUGCUUGUGGCAGGUGGCUGAAAUGAGCAGAGAGCAGAUCUCUGCUCGAGGAAGCACAUCCCAAUUCAGGCUGGAAAGAGCCUAGGAAUUUAAACAAAGCUUCUCUUUGCUGCUGCAAAGAACAAAUCUUCAGCUAAUUGUGGCUCUUUAGAUCUAAGGUUUUGAAGGCAGAAGCUUACAGGAUUUGAUUUUGGUCUGUAUUUGGAUCCCAACAGUGUGCAAGAGGUGUUACCCCAGUCCAGGCUGAGCAGACCAUCCGUGGGUGCCCUGAGAUAUUUUGCACUGUCUCUUUCUUUUUCCCUCCCUGCAGCAUUCAGCCUGUCUAUGGAGCACAGCAUCCUCCACUGGAUUCCCGCCUCACCAAAAACUUCAUCAAGGACCGCUCUAAAGCCAACGUGCUGCCUGUGAAAAUGGCCAAGGCCACAGCUGCGCAGGUCCUGGAGAACCACAGCAAAAUGCGGGUGAAACCUGAGAGGACCCAGCCUGCUCUCAGUGACGUGCCCACCAACUGCAAGGUCAACAAGUCCAGCAGCGAGGCCCAGCUCUCCAGGAUGUCUGAGGAGACCUGUGUGCGGACCCCCCUCCAGAAGCAGCAGUCCCUCCCCCUUCGGCCUGUCAUUCCACUUGUUGCCCGAAUCUCCGACCAGAAUGCGUCGGGUGCUCCCCCCAUGACGGUGAGGGAGAAAACCCGCCUGGAGAAAUUUCGGCAGCUCCUUUCCAGCCAUAACACGGACCUGGAUGAGCUGAGGAAAUGCAGCUGGCCUGGCGUGCCCAGAGAGGUCCGGCCUGUGACAUGGCGUCUCCUCUCAGGUUAUCUCCCUGCAAACAUGGAGCGUCGGAAGCUAACCUUACAGCGCAAGCGGGAGGAGUACUUUGGCUUCAUCCAGCAGUACUACGACUCCCGGAAUGAGGAGCACCAUCAGGACACGUACCGACAGAUUCACAUCGACAUUCCAAGGACCAACCCACUCAUCCCCCUCUUUCAGCAGCCGCUUGUCCAGGAGAUCUUUGAAAGAAUCCUGUUUAUAUGGGCCAUUCGACACCCAGCCAGUGGCUAUGUACAGGGAAUCAAUGACCUGGUCACUCCAUUCUUUGUUGUGUUCCUCUCUGAAUAUGUUGAAGAGGACGUGGAGAACUUUGAUGUGACAAACUUGUCACAGGAUGUUUUACGGAGCAUCGAAGCUGAUAGUUUCUGGUGCAUGAGCAAGCUGCUGGAUGGGAUACAGGAUAACUACACCUUUGCACAGCCAGGGAUCCAGAAGAAAGUCAAAGCUCUGGAGGAGCUUGUGAGCCGGAUUGAUGAGCAGGUACAUAAUCACUUUAGGAAGUACGAAGUUGAAUACCUGCAGUUUGCCUUUCGUUGGAUGAACAAUCUGCUCAUGAGGGAGCUGCCUCUUCGCUGCACAAUCCGCCUUUGGGACACCUACCAGUCAGAGCCAGAGGGGUUCUCGCAUUUCCACCUCUAUGUCUGUGCCGCCUUCUUGAUCAAGUGGCGGAAGGAGAUCCUGGAUGAGGAAGACUUCCAGGGCCUUCUAAUGUUGUUACAAAACCUGCCGACGAUACACUGGGGCAAUGAAGAAAUCGGGCUCCUCCUUGCUGAAGCCUACAGACUCAAGUACAUGUUUGCAGACGCUCCCAAUCAUUACCGCCGAUAGGUGCCAGGACUCAACUCCCUCCUCUGCCCACCUCCUCCUCCUGGCCCAUCUGAUCACUGUGGCAUUUUGUCAUCCACGUCCUCGGAUGCUUCAGCUGGGAGCUGCUCUUCGCUGUACAAAGCUCACGUUGACUCAACUCUUCUGCGUGCCUGUCUGCCACUCCACACACCUGGAUGUGCCACUCCAACCACUGUCAGUAUUUCACUCUGUGCUGGGGGCCUGAGCCAGGGAGAGAAGCUUGAAGGGGCAGGGGACAGCUCUACAGAUAACUGAGCUCUCCCAGCCCUGCCUUGGGCUUGUCCAGCUGCUGGUUGCCUUGCUAUGCUGUGACACGUUUGCCCACUGCUGCACCUGUGUACACACAUGCUUGUGCCUCACAUGUGUGUGCUGCCCCGUCUGCUCCCUUCUCUCUUCAGCUGCAGUUUGAUCCAGCUCCCAGACAAAAAUGCCUUAUCAGUGACUGGCUGGAGAACUUCUCUGGGGCUGCAGGGCGAGAAGUUUCUCAGGGCCCAGCUUCAUUCCUCAAGCCUUCUGGGAUCACGAGGGAGCUGCUCCCACCUGCCCUCUCCUCUCCCUCCUCUUUGCCUUUCUUCAGGUGUGAGACAGCGUGGUGGGCACGGUGGGGUUAACCCCCCCAUGUGCUCUGCAUGAUGCACACCGCAGUGACGAGACGCUCUGAUGUGCCAUCGGCGUGAGGGCAGCAGGGGGACUUCUGAAACUCCUUGCACAGCCCCCACUCUUCCGAGGCGUUCUGUGUAUAUUGUGUUCUUGUGUAUAUGGGUCAGAGAUGUACAAUAUAUGUCCUCCAUUUGUAGCAGAUAUGAUUUUAUAUUUAUAACGUGGGUCCCUCGUUCUCCCUGUCCUCUCCAUGGCCUCCCACCUCCCCUCUGGAAGUGGGGUGAAGUCAGAGCCACGGGUAUUUCUGCCCUGACGUGUUUGGAGUGUUGAGUUUGUCAGGAAGGUGUGUGUCAGAAACGUGUAUCUCGAGGCUUCCCCUGCAACGAGGAGUGUGGGAGUUGGAAGGGGAUGGGAGCUGAGAGCAGGUUGAGGAGAUACAGGGUAUGGUGCUGCAGGGCACCAUGGUGCCAGUGCCACCAGUCGGCUCUUGGGCACCAAAGAUCCCCAGUGCGGUGCUGGCUGUGCCUACUGCUCCCUACAGUGCAGAUGCAUCCUCCGAGAGAACGCAGCCAGAAACCACCCUGGGUUCUUAAAUGAAACCAAUUGUGAAUGUUUUAUCAGGCUGGUUUCCUUCUGUCUCCCUCCUGCGGAGGGCUGCAGGGGGGGGGAGAAAUAUGACCCCCGCAUUUCUUGGGGCAGAACAUGGAGGUGCCCUGUGGGAAGGGGCAGCAGGGGCUGAGCAUGUGAAAAGCAGAGCCUUGUUGCCAAUAAAACUCCAGUGUCUCAAGAAACUGCUUUCCUAAUCCAGAGUUGCUUUUUUCUUCUUGGGCAGUUAGACUUCUCCUUUAUUUCAGUGUGCACCUUCUGUGGUUUCUCUGAGCCAGACCUUUGCUGCUCUUUGGCAGUUUGACAUAACUCAUUAAAAAAAGAAAAAAAUAUCAACAGAAGCUCGGGCUGAGCGCAGGACGGGGUGGUCUGGCACCUGCUUGUGUGUGGACUGCACAAAAGCUCCUUCAUUGCCCCCAGGGCCUUCGGGGAGAAGCUGGGGGCAGUUGCUGAUGGUUCCAGGCAUGGGAGAUGCCAAUGUCAUGGAAACUUUUUUAUCCACAGAAUAAUUCAGUAAGUCAUAAUUUCAUUUGUUCAAGGACAAAGAAGAAAUGAUGAAGGAGGUGGAGGGAAGGUUUUAUUAGUAUGUAAUAAUCCCGCCCAAAAAUGGCAGCAGGGAAGUGGAGGGGCAGGCACUGAUGUAGGGCUGCAGAGGACUGCUUUUCAGACCUUCCCUAGGAGGAAGCUGCAGGGAGCUUGAUCCUUCUUGCAACAGGUGGAAAACAUUAACAAAGAUGUUAAUAACUCACCUUUUAAUGCAUUCAUAUGUCUUCACAUACACUGCAGGUGUAUGCCAGGCAGCUGUGCAUCACAGUGCCCUCCUGGCUACAGAAACUGUCCUUCAUUCAUUCUGCUGGGUCAGGUCACACAUGUGGAGGGAAAAGGAGAAGGCUUGGAAUCUGCACAGGGAGAAGAAUGCUCCUCAGGGUAGAGUGAUGCUCAGAGAGCCACACUGGAGCACCUAGCUCCCAUCUCCAUCUGUUGGAGGACUCCGCCUGUAUCCUGGUGCCGCAGGAGCCCCCAGGCCCACAAGCAGAGCCCAGAGAUGGGAUUCACACCCCACGUUCCCACUUCCCAUCCCUAUGGGGCUCUGCAGCCACCCCAGGCCAAGGGCUGCCAGAUGGGUCCCCUCCUGCAGCAAGGAACAAACUCACCUGCAGGAGGCACUGUGAGGCCACCCUCCCUCCAAGUCCUCCUUCCCUUUGUUCCUCUUCACAGCUGCUUCAUGCCUGCAUCAGCCCAUGUGUGUCAGCUGUGCAGCAGCAGGUGGGCUGAGCUCCCUCUGCUAAAGGGGGGAGAAAAGAGUGAGUGGGAAUGGCAGUGCCUGAUCAGGAACCAGGGAGCCCUGCUCUGCCUCCACUUCCCCCUCAGCAGGGAUAUGGCACUGAGCAGAGCCUUCACACAUCCACAGCACCUGCUGCCACCACUGCCUACCCAAGAAGCACAACAGCAGAAAUCCUUUGUUUAAUACUGUAGAACAUUUAUUUCUCAGAGAGAAAAUAUAGUCUCAGACAGUCAGAUUAUAGUAGGUAAAAUUAGCUUUUUUUUUUUCUUUACAAGCAUAGAUUUUCUUAUUACCUCUCUUAUACCAUCUGAUAUAAACAAUUCUAGAAAGCAAAUAAACUCACUUUCUACAAUAAA